UCCUCAAAGACUGUACCCUUCGAAACUCAAACGUAAAACCCUCCCCUUUACUUCAUAAAUCAAAAAUACCCCAAAUGUCUUCACCGUCGCCACCUCCGCCCGAAGUGGUGGUCAAGAAUCGAUUUUUAGGGUUUCUUAUAUGGCAAUCCAUUAGCUCUUCCGCCAUCUUCAUCCUCUUCAAAACCUUGCUUCUCUCGCCUCUUACCAACACUAAUUUAGCACUACCAUCAUUCCUCUCCCUUUUUGCUUUCUUAAUUUUUCACCUUGCACAGCUCUUCUUCUCUGCUUCACUCUCUCUACUCUCAUCUCCUCAGCCCUAUUCCCUUGAGUCGCCACUGCAGCUCGUCUUCCCCCUCCUCCGUUUCCUUUUUGUAUCAAGUGACUCCUUGUCGUCCAGUGAUUUCCGCCGCCGGGUUAAUCUCUAUCUUAGUUUCUUUUUGUUUUUGGGGGCGGCUUCCAUCUCGGGAUUUCUCUCCGUGAUAUGCGUGUGCGGCUGGGCCAACCAUGGGUAUGAUGGAGUACAGCUGAUUGAAAAAGUUGGGUUCAGAGGUUUUGCUUUUGGAUUGCUCUAUGCCUGCUUUUAUAUUUAUAAACGGAGAUGGGUUUUGGAGUUUCCCAUUGUUCAGCGGCCCCCUUUCUUCAGCAUCAAAAUGAGGCUUCCUGUGGCCAUUAAACAAGCUUUAAAGAUCUCAAGUGCAGCUUACCUAUUUUCGACAGUGCUGCUUGUGUUUCUUCCAAAUCAGUUUAAUAGUUAUGUGACAAUGAAAAAGUUUAUCACUGAGCAGAUCAUCCUGUACACUGGGAGCCUUUCUGUGUUCCUCUGUUGGGAAUUAAAUCAUCAUUUACAUCAGGUGCUACAAACGAAAAGAUUUGUAUUUGCGCCCCCAAAAGGAUCAGCAGCAGCAGAAACAAAUCCCAGUGAGCCUCUCCUAGCAGCUUUGGAGGAGAGCAGCCCAGGUUCCCUUCCCCAGUUUCUUGCAUAUCUUGAUCUCUGUAUGGUUUCUGAAAAUAAUGUCGAUACUUGGCGGCGAGCUGCAUUUUUUGAAGAAACUGGUGAGACUUACAAAAGAGUUGUUGUUGUAUGCAUGAGGCCGCUGGAGCAGCUUGCUUCUACUUUGGGUGAAGACCUUGAAACUCAUCCUGUUGAUAAGGCUUACCAACAAUCCAACCAAUUGCAGUCGCAAACUAAUUCGCUACAAGAUCCUAAAUGCAACAAGCCCCUGAACAACUUUCAGCAAUGUGCAUGGUGUGCCAGGACAGUUGCUGCCUUAACUGCACGCUCACACAAGGAAGAUAGGUGUGGGGUUGCUCAACUGUCUGGUAGUAAUGCUGCUGUUAUCUCGACACUUUUAUCUUGCCUGCUUGCUGUUGAAGCGGUCAUGGGGAAGAAGACAAAUGUGCAGACUCCAAAUCAUUUGAUGGGGCCAGGGGGUAUUAAAUGGGCUACUCUAAACACAGGAAGACGAGAUGUUGUGGUAGCUAAAAAGAGAAGUGGCCCCAUGCAUUCAAAGGCAUAUGACAUGGCUGAUGUGCUGAAGACCUCAAUUUAUGGUAUUAUAUCUGCUUUCCAUGAUGAAAUGCUCACUAGUGACAAAGCAGGCCUUCUUGAAAGGGAUUGGCUUAUUAGUGGCAAGCCACUUUUUGGAACCCGUGAGCUGCUUCUGCAGAAAUUGCGUCUUUUCCUGGAUUUUAGAGCUAGCUAGGUACUUGCUUCCUUGGGUUCAGAGCUGUCAUCCUAUUUUCUCAUUUCUCUAGUCAUGAAGAAAACAAAAAUUGCAAGAUAUGCAAAUUUGUCAACCUGGAGAUACUUGCAUGAUUGAAAAGGUAAUUUUUUUUUUUUUUUGGUUGCUUUGGAGGUCAAAUGAAUGUACAACAAUGGAUCAUAUUGCAUGGUUGGUAGACUGCAAGCAAUGGGGUACUUCGGAGUUCAGUGUCAAAAUGAUGUCAUUCAAAUGUUUAGAUAGAUUUGUGACUGGUAUGUGGAGACGAUGAAAUGGGGGCGGGGGAUGAGUUAACUCCUUGCAGGGGAAAAAUUUUGGUGGAUCAAUUUAUCUAGUUUAAUGGGCUGCUGAAUGUUCAAAUAAAUAUGGUUUAGAUUGUUUUGAAUACAUAUAGAUUUUCCAAUGUUGCAGAACUUUCAUCAAACUGGUAAUGUGAUCAUGAGAUUUUUCAUAAUCUUAAUUUGGAGUCUUGUGUGCUAUUUGAUGGCAA